AUGAAUGCCCCCGUGGUUCACAUCUCUCCUCAGCCUGCCUCUUCAGGCCCGACUGGCAUGCCUACCCUCAAUAUUGUCCAAUGUUCUCGCUGCCAACAAUCUGUCUAUCCAUCCAACCAGUCUGGCUCCGGUCCUGUUCAAUUUGGCAUGAACUCUUACUACUGCAACCGAUGUGCCUCUAAAGUCGGAUUUCAACGGUGA